ACGUGACUCCCUUGGAUAGAAGAAGCAUGGCGGACAUACAUGCGGAGCUCCAAAACAAACUCCUGAUUUUUUUCAGUUAGCUGUAUUUUAAAAUAAUAUCAAACGACCGUGACAGCAUCCAAGUUCGCUGCAUUGGACGCCCCGCUGUUUUGCAGCAUGGACGAGGGGAAUAAGUUGCAGUUCCCCUCGCUGCCUGCGACCAAGGAGGAUCAAUUGGACUGGGCUUAUCCAAUGAGGAGAGAGAUGCAGGAAAUCCUCCCUGGCCUGUUUUUAGGCCCUUAUUCUGCGGCCAUGAAAAGUAAACUUUCUGCACUUGAGAAGCAUGGAAUAACGCACAUUGUAUGUGUGAGACAAGACAUAGAGGCCAAUUUCAUUAAGCCAAACUUCCCUCUCAAAUUUAGAUACCUCGUUUUAGACAUUGCCGACAGUCCUGUGGAAAACAUUAUUAGGUAUUUCCCUAUGACUAAAGAAUUUAUUGAUGGGUGUUUAGAAGGAGGAGGGAAGGUACUGAUUCAUGGGAACGCAGGGAUCUCAAGAAGUGCUGCCUUAGUUAUUGCCUACCUGAUGGAAACAUUUGGUGUGAAAUACAGGGAUGCUUUUAGCCACGUACAGGAAAGAAGGUUUUGCAUUAAUCCUAACAUGGGCUUCGUACAUCAGCUACAGGAAUACGAAGCGAUUUACCUAGCCAAGCUAACCAUUAAAAUGAUGUCACCGAUGCAGCUGGGACGACCGUUCUCCAUCCAGGCCGGAAUGCCAGGAAGUUUAAAGAGAACACUGGAGGAAGAUGAAGACUUCGGCAGUAUGCAAGUCACCGCUGCACAUAACGGAUAAGCUUUAACGAGACGAGGGUGCAUUCUUCUUUUUGUUACAUUUUUAUUAUGAUUAAAAAUGUAAAUAUUUGAACUUUUGUAAGGGGAAGGGACGGGCUCGGGGAAGAGACUGCUUCUGGCGCCUUAAAGACACAUGAAGCCGGGAGGGUGGGCUAAAACUUUAAUAUAUUUUUGUUUCGUUUUUUGCUUUUUUUCUCGUUUUCUCUCUCCCUGUGGCUGUACAUGCACUGAGUUUUUUUGCAGGUUUUUUUGUUCUUUUUUAGUAUUUAAGGCAUAUUGCAUUUGCAGCGGGACAGUAUUGCAAUAAUGCACUUUUGAUACUUGAAUUCUUGUUGUUUAGCUGGUCUGCGUGGAAAGCAGGCUGAGAAAAGGGAAACUGAGGAAGGUAACUUGCUGUCCGAGUGUGGACAGACUGAAGGGGUUGGGAGGUGGGUAGAAAUGGUCUGCACUGCAAAUGUAUGAAAAUCUUGCGAUAGCAAGCUUAUUUUUCUAGUUUCAAGUAAAUACAUCUAGUAAAUCUUAAUUUAUGUUUAAAAAUCACCUAAUAACUAGUACUUUUGAACUAGAAUUUAGAACUAGAAACUAUUUAGACUUGUUUUAAGACAUUUGUCUGUGCGGCAAAAUAUUUUUACUUCUAGUUUUAAUUCUAGUUCAAAAGUGCUGGUUAUUAGGUGAUUUUUUAAAAACUUAAAUUAAGAUUGAUUUAGAUGUUUUUACUUGAAACUAGAAAAACAAGCUUGCUGAGAUUUCAUUUUUGCAGUGUGUGAGGGCUUUUGGGGGGAGGGGGGGGUGCUGACAUGGCUUUUUUGGAGGCGUUUCGUUGUGCGUAGACGCUCAGCUGGAGAGGAAUUGCGCUUCCCAGAAUUUAACCCACUGCUCAAUUAAAAAAAUACAAAUGGCUAA